CGACUUAAAAAAUUCUCCAGUUGUCAGAAUUAAUUACGAGAUAAUAUAAUAAACGUUCUCUGCUGAACAGAUAAUUUUUAAGAAUAAAGGAAUAUAUUAUAGCGAAAUAUUUGCAUAAGUAAUCUCUUUUAUUGAAUUUAAAAAAAUUCCAUUAACAUUAAGAUGGUUAAAAGUUUUUUCGGUUUUCGUUUAAAUACUGCAGCCCUAUUUAUAGGAUGGGUUGGUGGAAUAAUUUAUUUAAUUUCAGCUAUUGUGGAUAUUGUUUGUUUAGCAAAUUUGGAUUAUAUAGUGGAUCACUUUUACAAUAACACUAAUAACUCUAUUCCGUUCCCAGAUAUUCCCGAUAAUAAAACUGAUCUUCAGACAAUUAAAACGGUCCUACUUGUUGUAUUGAUUGUAUAUUUGGUGUUACAUGCUCAAAAUGCACUUUCUUCGAUUUUGCUUGUAAUUGGGACUUUGAAGGAGAGACAUUUAUAUUUGGUACCGUGGCUAAUUAAUAAUGGAAUUUAUAUUUGGUAUUUUGCACUGGUAUUGGUUGGUAUGAUUAUUCAUUUGAUAAAUCUUGGUGCUGCUGCUGGCGAUGUAAUACUAUCUCUUGUAUUAUCAGUAUUCGCGUUCGUUAUAAAUUUCUAUGUGUGGCUUUCAGUAUACUCAUUGUAUAAAAUAUUCCAAAGUGCUACUGAUCAGCAACGUUUAAUUCCGCAAACUGGAAAUUUACAUCCAUCAUAUACAAGAAUAUAAAAUGAAAUUUUAAAAAAAAUCUCAACAAGUAUAUGCUAUUAUUUAAAUUAAACAAUAAAAACUCUAAAUUUAUUGUUUAUAUUUUUAAAAAAAAUAUCUGUAUAAUUAAAAUGUAUAAAAAAAAAUUUGAACCAAAAAUAUAAAUACAUAUUUUCAUAUUAUAAGAAGUACUGAGAAAUUUGUAAACUAUUUCUUCCAAAACUUAUACAUUGUAUUUAAAAAUUAUGUAUGUAAUUAUCUAAUUAGAGACAAAAUAAACUAUAAUUA